GAAGGUGCGACGGUUUAAAGAAGUAGUUGGUCAAUAGGCCCAUGUUGUGAUUAUUAGGACUAGCACAGCGUAUUUGUUUCUCCUGGAGGUGAAUAUGUAGUAAUGUUUUUCCUAAUUUGAAGUGAGACCUUCGCCGGUGUUAUCCAGACACGGGAGGACAGCUUUUUUGCAAUCAUUUCCCUAGAUCCUACUUUCUUGCCCUGUCAGAUGUAAGUUUCCACCUGGAUGUCAACACAACAUGAAUGUGGCAGCAGUUUUUGUUUGGUUCAGCCUGGUGGUCACUAAAGCCAUUUGUACUCUGGAAGAGUACCGUCUGGUGUGCUAUGUGAACAGCAGGACCCAGCACCAUCCUGACAUGCUUGCCUUCAGCCUGGACAUGGCUGACCCAUUCCUCUGCACUCAUAUCAUCAUGGCCUACAUGGACCUGGACCAGGACUAUCACAUCACACCCUUCACACAGGAGGACAAGACCCUCUGCAACUCCCUCAACAUGCUCAAAGAGAGGUGUGUGUAUCAGGGUGUUACUACCACAACUAUCAGGUUGUAUAAUUCCAUCUCUUCUCCCUCCACCAGGAACCCAGAUCUGAAAACUAUGCUUGCUGUUGGGGGAAGGAACUCUACUGACACCAGGCUCCUAAAGAUGUCCUCUGACAACACCAGGAGGAAGACGUUUGUCCAGUCUGUUCUGAAACACCUGAGGCAGGAGGGCUUUGAUGGACUGGAUGUGGUGUGGCAACCUCGCUCUGCUUCUAAUAUAGCACAGGGGGGGGGAAAUAUAUUCACUAAUCUGCUCAAGGAGCUGCGUGGAGGAAUUCAGGAGGAGGCUCGUGUCUCAGGGAUUGAGGCCCUGCUCCUCUCCACAGCAGUGUCAGGCCUGGAGGCAUAUGCCAGAGAGGCCUACGAUGCACAGUCCUUCCCCCAGUAUGUUGACUUCAUCUCCUUGGUGACCUCUGACCUCCAUGGACCACUGGAGGGAAUGUCAGGUCACAUCAGUCCAUUGUUCAGCCGGAAGCAUCCAGCUAUGGACACACCUCAGAGAGAAAACCAAGUACAGUACUGGCUCUCUCAGGGAGUGGAUUCCCAGAAGUUGACUCUGGGGUUCCCUGCCUACUCACCUGUACCCCGGAUCCUGGUGAACGAGAUCAAUUAUGACAAGGAAGAUACAGAGCUACAAGAGGACGCAGGGGAAUAUACUGAGACUGAUACUACUGUACGUGUUAUGGCCUACCAUGAGGUGUGUCAGUACCUCAAAAGUGGGGCAGUGGUGAAAUUUGAUAAGAGCAAGAAGCUGAUAGAGGCACAUGAAUACGAUCACUGGCUGAACUUUGAAUAUAUACAUAUCCUGAGGGAGAAGAUGAGAGCGCUGCAGCGUCAGGAGCUGGGUGGAGCCAUGGUGUGGUCUCUGGAUCUGGACGACUUCACGGGGACGCUGUGUGGCAAAGGUCGCUUCCCGUUCACCAGACUGCUCAAAGCGUCGCUUCUCAGGGAUAAGGGGCCACGACAACAUAAACGACACCACCGCUCACGCCACCGUCAUCACCAUCGCCAUCCACAUCGUCAUGGUGGUUUCCUUUCCCAUGACAGCCAUCGCACUGGUUACCAUGUCCAUUGUCACCGUCACCUUGACCGCCACAACACUUAAUCACACAGUGGAGUGUGACUGUAACGUAACUCACUACACUGGCAAGACUCAACAUACCAUCCCUGGGGCGGCAGGUAGUCUAGUGGUUAGAGCGUUGGACUAGUAACCGAAAGGUUGCAAGAUCGAAUCCCCGAGCCGACAAGGUAAAAAUCUGUCGU